CAGGCUUGCGCUUCAUAUCGAGCAGCUCAAAUCAUAUAUAUUAUACAGAUAUCUGUUGGCAACAAUUAUUACAAAAGCGGGUAGAGCUCACAGAACCGAAGCCAGUAACCGAAAUAAAACCAGGCCAUGUAUAAUUUAAUAGAGUAUAUAAAGCACAAGAGUGUAAAUUCAGUCGGUACCAGUACAGUGAAGCUUAAUGCCAAUGCCCAGGAGUUUGUGCCACAACUGAAGAAGAGGGAAGCGAUAUAUGGAGCUGACUUCGAUUUUAAGACAAUGAAACCAGAAAUUGUGCCCUUCGAUGAGCGUAUGCCAAAAUGUAAACUGACAUUGCCAUGGAAAGGGUUUCCCAGGAAGCCGGAUAAGGCCCCUGGCAGCACCCAGAUUGUGUUACUAAAUGAUGUGGACUAUAUGAUUGUGCCUCGCGCCAAGAAUGUAAAGAGGUCCAAGGACGAUGCCCCUCUGGCUGGCAAGGAAAAUCCCCCGGUAUCCAAAGUGGAAAAGCUUCCCAAGGAAAAUGUUCCUGUUACUUCAACGACCGCAAGGCUUUUGGAUAUGGAGGAGAAGCGACGCGAGAAGGAAAGAAAGGUGGCAGUGGAGGCCUUAAAGUUGGUGGAACAAAGGCGCAUGCGUGGUGCCUUGCUUCCAACCGCUCAGAACUUUGAAAAUCCCGAGGCCCCGGCGCCGAUAGUGCAUCUGUCACGAUCUCCAAUCCGAUAUAAUCCAGAGGAGAGGAUCAAAGUGGACCGCUUGAGAGCCGCCAAGAAGGAGAGAAUCGAGAGGGUCCUCAAAGAGAUGCACAACGAGAAGGUGCAGCUGGAGAACUUCAAAAAAUGGCAGCUGAACAAGGUUCACCUUGACGCCGGUGUAUCCACCACAGAAAAUAAAUCUGUGGUGGCUGCCACCAGGCGAUAUAUCCCUACCGCCAAGGAAUGGGACGAGCAGUGUCGGGCCAAGCACCUGGCCAUCCCCAAAUUGAAUGCGGUCAAAAUCAGGUCAACUGAAGUUGAGAAACGAGAGGACCCCAAGACCACCGAUAUUCCUCGCUAUCGUCCCCCGUCCCAGCUCCUUAUGGGGGAGAAGCGCAAGGGAAAUUUCGCCCACUCGCUACCCAUUAAAAACUGGACAUAUCGCCGGCUGCCACAAACUUUGCCGCCAUUAAAGAAUCGUAUGGGAAAAGUCGUUCAGCGCUAUAGCAUCGAGCAGCUGCUGCUAUUGGAACCGCAGCCCGAGGAUCUUGGAAAGCCCGAUCUCGAUCAGGGACUCGGGCGUUUGAACAUAAUACGCGAAUAGCUGAGCCGUUUUAUGGAUGUCCUUAUUCCUAACAUCCUUACAUUCCUAUUUUCCUUGAUGUUCAUUAGUAAUUGUUUGUAUUAGUUUCCAUUUUGGGUUUUUCUUCAUUGAAUUUUACUUUGAGAAGGGAUUUUAUAUCUUUUGUGAUAAAAUAAAAACACUCUUGCA